GAGUACUGUAUUUAUGUGGCAGUUGGUAAGAGCGAUACAAGCAUGGAAGCUCUAUCAUGGACACUCAACAACUUGAUUACUACUCACACCACCAUUCUCUAUCUCAUACAUGUUUUCCCCGAAAUCAAACACAUUCCACAUCCAUUGGGAGUAGGAAUGGUUCCAAGGAAUCAAGUGAGCGCUGAGCAAGUGGAGAGUUAUAUGGCACAAGAAAGAGCCAAGAGGAGACUACUCCUUCACAAGUUCAUUCAUUCUUGCUCUAUUUCCAAGGUUAAGGUGGACACCAUCCUAAUAGAGAGUGAUUUUGUUGCAAAGGCCAUCCUUGACCUAAUUCCCAUUCUUCAAAUUACUAAUUUAGUCAUUGGAGCAAACAAAUCUCAUCUAAGAAAAUUAAGAUCAAGGAAAUUAGGAAAAUGUAGUGUGGCAGAUGAGAUAAUGCAGAAUGUACCACAAAGUUGCAACGUCAGAAUUAUAUGUGAAGGGAAGGAAGUAAAUGAUCAGAUGAUGUCAUCACCUUCUCCUCAGAAUCAGAUAAUCACUACUACCUCUGCUAAUAUCAUCAACACAAAAGAAAAUAAUGAUUCAGUUUUAUGUAUUUGUUUCAAGCCCAAGUUUAAAUGACUACAUUAAUUAUUCAUUCUGUUACUCAAUUGCAAACCAGAGCUAAAGGAUAUGCAUAUAUAUAGCUCUGUGAUCAAAUUCUUAAUUUGUCUAGUAUUGUAAUAAUGGAUUAUUUUUUAGAUCCCUAUAGUGGUCAUGAAAUUUCAGUUUCUAAAACCAGAGAGAAUUUGUACAGUUUUCUUAUAAUAUAGUGUAUACAGUUCGCUUUGGCAUUGGAUUUGCUAAUGUUUGUACCAAAUAUUAAUAAAAACCGCAAACUCAGGUUCAUUAUUCUUGAA